AGUCGCGCGCACGCGUGUUUUAACGUCUUUUAUGCACAUCAUCAGCGCAACUGAGACCCGUUUAAACUCAACCCACAUAUUUUAAAGAAGAAGUACCGUCUUUUAAAGUAGACAUAGUUGAGAUCGCAUUUAUUCUGGUCUUUUCGCGUGUUGUUAUUGUGUUGUCCAAAAACAGAGAGAGAGUGUGUGUGUCCGCUCUGCGCUGCUGUACUUCAGCGCGUGUGUGUAUGAGUGUGAGUGUGUGUGUUGAUGUGAUAUUAUGGCGGUGAAUCUGGAUAAAGACGCGUUUUACCGCCGCAUCAAGCGACUCUACGGGAACUGGAAGAAAGGUGAAGAUGAGUUCGGGAAGGUGGAUGCCAUCGUGGUUUCUGUCGGAGUCGACGAGGAGAUCGUCUAUGCCAAAUCUACAGCCCUUCAGACGUGGCUGUUCGGGUACGAGCUCACCGACACCAUCAUGGUCUUCUGCGAGACCAAGAUCAUUUUUCUGGCCAGUAAGAAGAAGGUGGAGUUCCUGAAGCAGGUGGCUGUCACCAAAGGAAACGAGAACGCCAACGGGGUUCCUCCGAUCACACUGCUCGUCCGAGAAAAGAGCGAGAGCAACAAGGUGAACUUCGAGAAGAUGAUCGAGGCCAUCCGAGGAAGUAAAGAGGGGAAGACGGUCGGCGUGUUCAUGAAGGACAAGUUCCCCGGAGAGUACAUGAAGAGCUGGAGCGACAUGAUGACGGCCGAGGGCCUGGAGCGGGUGGACGUCAGCACGGUGGUAGCCUACACGAUGGCGGUGAAGGAGGACGGAGAGCUGGCGCUCAUGAAGAAGGCGGCCGCCAUCACCAGCGACGUCUUCACCAAGUUCUUCAAGGAGCGAGUGAUGGAGAUCGUGGACGCAGACGAGAAAGUGAAGCACAGUCGUCUGGCCGAGUCUGUGGAGAAGGCCAUCGAGGACAGGAAGUUCCUGGGCGGCGUGGACCCGUCGACGGUGGAGAUGUGCUACCCUCCCAUCAUUCAGAGCGGCGGCAGCUACAGCCUGAAGUUCAGCGUGGUCAGCGAUAAGAACCACAUGCACUUCGGAGCCAUUACCUGCGCCAUGGGCAUCCGCUACAAGUCCUACUGCUCCAACCUGGUGCGCACGCUCAUGGUGGACCCCCCACAGGACAUGCAGGACAACUACAGCUUCCUGCUGCAGCUGGAGGACGAGCUGCUGAAGGAGAUGAAGCACGUGCCCAUAGUCCACCCGUUUCAUUGGUGCGUUCUCAUGCGCUCUCAUCCCAUUGGUCAGAACGAGAUGACUGCCGAGGAGAAGAGGCGGGCCCAUCAGAAGGAACUGGCCAAUCAGGUGAACGAGGAGGCCAAGCGGCGCCUGACGGAGCAGAAGGGAGGAACGCAGACACAGAAAGCCCGGAAGUCAAACGUGUCGUAUAAGAACGUCUCGCAGAUGCCCCGCGAGAAGGACAUCCGAGACAUGAAGAUCUUCAUCGAUAAGAAGUACGAGACGGUGGUCAUGCCUGUGUUCGGCAUCGCCACGCCGUUCCACAUCGCCACCAUCAAGAACAUCAGUAUGUCUGUGGAAGGAGACUACACCUACCUGAGGAUAAACUUCUUCGUGCCGGGCAGCUCGCUGGGACGCCACGACGGAAACAUCUUCCCCAACCCCGAGGCCACGUUUGUCAAAGAGAUCACGUACCGCGCGUCGAACCUGAAGUCUCCCGGAGAUCACUCCGUUCCCUCCACAAACCUGCAGAACGCCUUCCGCAUCAUCAAGGAGGUGCAGAAGCGAUACAAGACCCGCGAGGCGGAGGAGAAGGAGAAGGAGGGCAUCGUGAAACAGGACUCGCUCGUCAUCAACCUCAACCGCAGCAACCCCAAACUCAAAGACCUUUACAUCCGGCCCAACAUCGCUCAGAAGAGGAUGCAGGGCUCGCUGGAGGCGCACACCAACGGUUUCCGUUUCACGUCGGUGCGCGGCGAUAAAGUCGACAUCCUGUACAACAACAUCAAACACGCCGUAUUCCAGCCGUGCGACGGAGAGAUGAUCAUCGUCCUGCACUUCCAUCUGAAGAACGCCAUCAUGUUCGGUAAGAAGCGUCACACAGACGUGCAGUUCUACACAGAGGUGGGCGAGAUCACCACAGACCUGGGCAAACACCAGCACAUGCACGACCGAGACGACCUCUACGCCGAACAGAUGGAGCGAGAGAUGCGACACAAACUCAAAUCUGCCUUCAAGAACUUCAUCGAGAAGGUGGAGUCGCUCACCAAAGAGGAGCUGGAGUUUGAGGUUCCUUUCAGAGAUCUCGGGUUCCAGGGCGCCCCCUACAGGAGCACCUGUCUGCUGCAGCCCACGUCCAGCGCUCUCAGUAACGUCACGGAGUGGCCUCCGUUCGUGGUGACGCUCGACGAGGUGGAGUUGGUUCAUUUCGAGCGAGUCCAGUUCCACCUGAAGAACUUCGACGUGGUCAUCGUUUAUAAAGACUACAACAAGAAGGUGACGAUGAUCAACGCCGUG